AUGAGUGCCAACUCGGGUCGGGAUGCGGACAAGGCACAGAGUUAUAUUGCUGCUCUGGAUAGUGCGCGGAGCGAAGACAAAUGGAGCGACGUCCCAGAAUUGAUUCGCAAGGUGACCAAGCAUGCUCCGCAUCGGAAAUGUCUAAUCCAAACAGCGCAUGCGGAAAUACAAGUCGUCGCCCAUAUAACGAAGACUCGACCAGCCACAGCUAAGGGCCAGACCACUCCGAAUCAUGUAUCCAAUCUCUCAGAGUUAAUACCUGAACUCAUCGCAGCCAUCGAAGCCGCCGAUGGAACCCCGCAAGACGUAUUCCAAGCUCAGGUCUGCUUGGGGUGGAUACACUGGACACUAUCGGAACCUGGACUGGCUGUGGUUCGCCUGCCCAAGGAAUUUGAUGACACGAUAAUCGGUUCGCUUUCGGAAGGAGGAAAAGGACUUACGAAAUGGACAGAAGUGUGCAUAGUCAAGGCGGGUUAUAUAAAGAGCGCCGCCCAAGCUUUGAUAUCCACGCCAGAUGCAGCACUUGAGACCGCAUCUACCGUCCUACCCCGGCUUGCCAUACCAAACUCAGCGUUGGCUUCUUGUCCUCAGGCCCUCUAUUGGUCGGAGUUAUUUCUUUCCAGGGUGGCAAUGCUGGCAAGUGAAGAGGUAUUGGCCAACGAUUCGGGAAAUCACGACUUCGAGAUCGAAACGGCGUUAAAAGCAUUCAGAUUGUGGUCAGGGCAUCCCCAGAUCAAGGGCCAAGAUAUUGCGGCUAGCCAAAGGGGCAUUCAAAGCGGCUCAUCCCAUAAUUCUGACUCGCAAUCUUCCAUCUGGAUGGCAUACUACAAACUUUUGUCCCUGAUACUGCAAAACGGUCUUUCAUACUAUCCGCUGUCUUCGGGGUCACCUCGUCGUCAACUAGCUACAGAGAUUCGCCGUGUGGAAACUGUCUGCGAAUCUGUGCUAUUGAGAGGAACUAAAUUCCCAUUGGCAAGUGGCAGCAACCCUCACGUCGAGGCAUGGACGGAGGAUGUCAUAAGUAACUGGGAGGUCUUGUGCGGACCAAGCUGGCGAGAUGACGAUGUCGGAGAAGGGGGACAAGAUUCUAUUAGCCGUAAUGUCUUAGAUAUACUCUACCGAGCAUCAACCAAAACUUACCAUUCACAUUCCAUUCUGCGGCGCUUGUUUCAUGUCCACGCAGCACUAGCGGAAUUCGACCUUGCUAUGAAAGCACUUGACACCUACAUCGAGAUUGUCAUAGGUGCAAAGGACAGAGCAGAAAAAGCAGCUGAGAUUGGGCAUUUGGAAAGCGAUGAAAUUCUACUACAAACCGUUUCGGAGGGUGUGCUUCUGCUAUGCUGCUUCGGAUCCGAAGAAGAAGCGCGGAAAGCCAAGGAGCUCAUUGCGAUCCUGCAAAAGUAUAUUGAAAAACAUAUUACAGAUGAUCUCAAUGUGACCAACGGCAAAGGAGAAGAAGAAGAAGAAGAAGAAGAAGCGUCUCGUGUACCCUCGCAUGUCAUUGCUUUGGCGUACAGAGCCAUUGGCAUUGGUUUGGGUAAUUGGUCAAGAUGGACUUCAAAAACAGAGGCUCGCAACGAUAUACGUGCUGAGGCUAUCCAAAACUUGGAAAGGAGUAUUGCCCCCGAAUUUGAAUCAGAAUAUGAUCUUUCGUCCCGAUAUGCCUUGGCGCUUUUACUUGCCGAAUCUCGUGAUCUAGACGGCGCUAUCAGCCACGUGAAAACAGCGCUCACUCCUAGAGACGAGUCGGCACUUUCAGGGCCGCAUCAGUCAGAGGAGCGAGAUAAGAUCCCUCUUUGGCACUUGUUAGCACUGCUUCUAAGUGCCAAACAGGAAUUUGAUAUUGCGGGCCGCACUUGUGAAGCUGCAUUUGACCAGCUUCCUUCUUCAGUGACUAUACCAGGCCAAAAUAAUAGGCGCAUCAACCGUGAUAGUAAUAGAUAUCAAGACCUGUCGGCAAAGAAUAAGGAUUUCAUUCAGCACUUGCAAGGCCGAGAAAAAGAACGCAUCAUUGAAACACGCAUGACACAACUUGCUCUCCUUGAGAUUAUGGAUGGGCCAGAGGUUGCUGUGAAUCACAGCGAUAACUUAUUAGCGCUAUUUGCAACUUUGUUUGAGGACCUGGAGCUGGAUGUCACAAAGGAAAAAAUUACACAACUUGAACAACAACAACAACAACAACAACAUCUUGGGCCCCCGAAAAGCUCUGCAGGUACCGUCAGGAGUUUUCGAGGAAGCAUUUUUGGAAGAAAGAAAGGAUCAAAAAUACCAGACCGAUCACUCAAUGCCAGUGAUCCAAUACCUCCAUUACCCAAUGGAGCAUCUUCUAUCGGUGCAGAUGCUCCAAUGAUCAAAGUGACUUCUGAAGCUGCCAACAACACUCAACAGAAUUCUCAGUUAGAGAAACAGAAUGGAUCCAUUAACAGUAUAGAUGCCUCUCAAAACGAGAAAGGUGACGUCGACGCAGAAGCGAUAGGUAUUGCCAUAUCUGAUCCUCGGAUAUCACCAACUUCGCCUACGGACCCCAAAGAAAGUGCUAAGCAGUCAUUACCCGCAGUCGGCCACACAGAUCAGCCACCAGAACAGAAUGUUCGUUUGCCGACGCCUCUUCGUUUCAGUUCUCCAACAAAAGCCCUUGCAAGAUUCCCCGUUCUUCAAGCUCAAAAGCAUGCUAUCUCAGUGCUCGUUAAAGUAUGGCUUCUCAUUUCAGGCAUGUAUCGUCGAGCUUCACUGUUCGAUGAUGCUGUUGAAGCAUGCGAAGAAGCAUCGAAACAAGUUGAGGCCUUCGAAGCACUUGUGGCUGCGGAAGAAUCCUCUGCUCGCGCUUUUGCCAACCCUGUAUGGGGUGUAGCUAAAAGUACAGAAGCGUUGUGGGCGGACGUUCACGCAGAGAAGGGCGCAAUUUUAGAGGCACAGUCUCUAACACACGAAGCAAUGCAAUACUACGAAGAAGCCAUAUCUUGCUUCCACGACCACCCUAAGGCGACCAUCGCUCUAUCAAAUCUGCUCCUAGAUGCUUGGGAAGAAAAGAUUCCACUGGAACCAGUCGAGCCUCGAAUUGAGAGCGAUAUCGUUGACCCAUUAAGUGGCACUUCCACAUCCCCCAAUGGCGUUUCCGGGGCAUCUCCACAAACCAUACAAGCGAACGGCGUUACUAAAACACAUCAAGCCUCCAAUGGAGAGUCCAAAUCGCCGCCUAAAGCGUCAAGCAACACCGAUGACCCAGGGCAUCUAAGUCGACUAGCCGCACGAGACCGGGCUUACGCUCUUAUUUCAAUGUUAACGAAAACAGGGGCAUCAUGGGACAAUUCCGAAGCAUGGUUCACCUUAUCCCGAGCCUAUGAAGCAGGCUCACAAAUCGAUAAAGCCAAGGAGAUUUUGUGGUGGUGUAUUGAACUCGAGGACCGGAAACCUAUUAGACAUUGGUGGAACCUGGGCGCAGGAGGUUAUGUCCUUUGA